UUGUAGGUGGACGGCAUACACAUAAACCCCCCGUGAAAACUCCAGCUGCUGUUAAAACCCCUAUAAAUUCUCCUCCGCAGUGUCCAAAUCUCAGCGAUGAGAUGAGAGCCAGACUCUUACGAAGCGCCAUGCCAAGCGCCACACUGUUUUCUUCGCCCGUUGCUCCCAAAAACCCUUCUCUACCUUUCUCCCCCACCUCUUCUAGUCUCUUCAAUGGACGUCUUCUCCGGAAUCAGCUCUCCUGUCCGAUUCGCUCCCCUGCUGUUUCGCUUCGAUGCUACGCAUCUUCUUCUGGUUUUGAUCGAGUUCGCGUCUUGAAUCCUAUUGUCGAAAUGGACGGUGAUGAAAUGACGAGGAUCAUAUGGGCAAUGAUAAAAGAGAAACUUAUUUUCCCGUACCUGGAUUUGGAUAUAAAGUAUUUUGACUUGGGUAUAUUGAAUCGAGACGCUACUGAUGACAGAGUUACCACGGAGAGUGCAGAAGCCACUCUCAAGUACAAUGUUGCUGUAAAAUGUGCUACAAUUACUCCAGAUGAGGCCAGAGUCAAAGAGUUUGGACUUAAAGCUAUGUGGAGAAGUCCCAAUGGGACGAUUAGGAACAUUCUUAAUGGUACUGUUUUCCGAGAACCUAUCUUAUGCCAAAAUAUCCCAAGAAUUGUUCCUGGUUGGAAGAAGCCCAUAUGUAUCGGCAGGCAUGCUUUUGGUGAUCAAUACCGUGCCACAGAUACAAUCAUCCCGGGGCCUGGAAAGCUUAAAAUGGUGUAUGUUCCAGAAAAUGGGGAGACACCAACAGAGCUCGAUGUUUAUGACUUCAAAGGACCAGGCAUAGCACUUACAAUGUAUAAUGUUGACGAGUCUAUUCAAGCAUUUGCAGAGUCGUCAAUGUCACUGGCUUUUGAGAAGAAGUGGCCUCUAUAUUUGAGCACUAAAAAUACGAUUCUCAAGAAAUAUGAUGGCAGGUUUAAAGAUAUAUUUCAGAAAGUGUAUGAGGAGAAGUGGAAGCAGAAGUUUGAAGGAAAAUCGAUAUGGUAUGAACAUCGGCUUAUUGAUGAUAUGGUAGCCUAUGCUGUGAAAAGUGAAGGUGGAUACGUUUGGGCUUGCAAAAAUUAUGAUGGGGACGUUCAGAGUGAUUUACUAGCACAGGGAUUUGGAUCUUUGGGACUAAUGACAUCUGUAUUGUUGUCAUCUGAUGGGAAGACGUUGGAAGCUGAGGCAGCUCAUGGCACUGUAACGCGGCACUACCGAUUAUAUCAAAAGGGACAAGAAACCAGUACAAAUAGUAUUGCUUCUAUUUUUGCAUGGACGCGCGGGCUCGAGCAUAGGGCGAAAUUAGAUCACAACGAGAGGCUGUUGGAAUUUGUUCAGAAGUUGGAGGCUUCGUGCAUUGAGACAGUGGAAUCCGGGAAAAUGACAAAGGAUCUUGCCUUACUGAUACACGGAUCCAAGGUAUCAAGGGAGUUUUACUUGAACACGGAGGAAUUUAUCGACGCCGUGGCACAGAAUCUGGCUGCAAAACUCCAGCAACCUCCUGUAGCGGUUAACUGAAUGACUUGUUAUUAUAAAAGAUGGAGAUUCGAUUUUUGAUUUCCAAGGUGAGAAACUCUUCACUCUCUUUCUCGUUGCUGACCCAGGAUUCUGAUGAUGUUUCUGAGGUGGGUGUUUUUCUUUCUGACCUUCGCCCGUGCUGUGCUCAUUCGUCUGCCGUUAGUUUUGGCUUCACUUUUGGGGAGGGCAACGGUGCUGCCCACCAACUUGCCCAACUCGCCUUGUCGUAGCAGAUUGACAAUGUUUGGUUUGAAGAUGACCCUAUGUUAUUUCUCGCAUUGUUGAUUCAUACUAGUGCUUACUCGUCCUGUUUGUUUACUUUUUCCUUUCCUCCUAAAAAAACUGAGAAACCGAGAAAUAAAAUAAGGCUCGCCAGUUUAGAGUUGCAUCGAUUGUGACAUGUA